AUGAAGUUAUACUUUGAUGCCGAAAGACAUCUCAAACACAACGAUGGCAACCUCCAAAAACGAAUAUUUGAUGACAAAAGGUUGACGAAUCCAAAACAUGUCUUUGCUUUAGUGUAUUCCACCAUAAAGUAUAAAGAUCACAUUGAGCAUGUAAUCAAGAAAUCAAGGAUCCAACGCGACUUGAAAAUCAAAAUAAGCGACGCCCUAUUGGCAUUGUUGGUACACGACUUGUUGUUUAGUAGUCGUGGAAGGAUCGAGAGUGGGAAGCACCCCAUAAAGGACGCUGUUCUAGCCCACAAGACCAGAUUGCAGGCGGAGUUCAUCAAGUUGAAGCUAAAGCACAAGGUAAAGUCAGUGGAGCAACUACCAACAAAGGAAAAUGACGACGAAACGCCAGUGAGGUGGUUUAGAAUCAAUACUGUAAAGAUUGAUCCAGAACGAUUCAAUCAAAAACACAAAUUCUUCUCCAAACUACAGCCAGUAAAUAGGUUUCAAGAGUUGACACAACCUGGACUUAUCUACCAAGAUGACCACAUUCCCAACCUUUUCGGAAUCCAUCCAAAGGAGAAACUCUCACAGACGGAGGCUUACAAAUUGGGUGAGGUGAUUAUACAAGACCGUGCGUCAUGUUUUCCAGCACAUAUUUUAAACCAUAAUAAAGAGCACAUCAAAAUAAUUGAUGCUUGUGCUGCACCUGGAAACAAAACUUCACAUGCUGCUUCAUAUUUACCUCAAGAUGAAAAUGCUGUAGUAUACGCAGUUGAAAGAGACGAGAAAAGAGUCAAGAUACUUCGUACAAUGAGUGAACGGGCCCUUGGGAAAAAUAAAAAGAAGUUAAUACAAGUAUUGCAUAAUGAUUUCACCAAAACCAACCCACAAGAUUUUGCUGAUAUCACGGGUCUCAUUGUUGAUCCUUCGUGCAGUGGAUCUGGUAUAUUUGGUAGAGCGUCAGACGAAGAAGAAAACAAUGAUCAAAGGCUUGAGAAGUUGGCCUCUUUUCAAGUGGUUAUUAUGAAACAUGCAUUGUCUUUUCCCAGUGCUAGCAAGGUUGUCUACUCCACUUGUUCAAUACAUGCUGAAGAGAAUGAGAGGGUGGUGAUUGAUUUGCUUUCUGAUCGGCAAGUGCAGAGUCAAGGCUGGAAAUUGGCUACCCGGGACGAAGUGCUUCCAAGUUGGGAGAGGCGAGGCAUUGAGUCGGAAUUCGUUGCGUUAUCUAGGGACCCUGAGAUUUGCAAACAGUUGGCAGGAGGUUGUGUUCGAUCUAACCCUAAAGAGGAUGGAGGUAUUGGGUUUUUUGCUGCUUGCUUUGUUAGAAAGAAGAACGAUGGUGCUGAAGAUUGUGAAGACGAAAAUGAAAAAGACGAUGAGGAUGGAGAUGGGGAUGAGUGGUCCGGGUUUGAUUGA